GGAGCGGGCAGGGCGCCGGCGGAGGGGCAGGCCGAGCCGAGCGCCGGGCGAAGGCGGGAGCCGUUGGACGCCUGCAUCCGCGGAGCGCCCGCCUCGGCGGCGGGAGGUGCCAGGCCGCGACCGCCCCCCCUCAGAGCGCGCUCGCCGUCCCUCGGGCCGCGGGCCCCACGGACAUGUCCAGCAUGAAUCCCGAAUAUGACUAUUUAUUCAAGCUACUUCUGAUUGGAGACUCCGGUGUUGGGAAAUCUUGCCUUCUACUUAGGUUUGCAGAUGACACGUACACAGAAAGUUACAUCAGCACGAUUGGUGUGGACUUCAAAAUCAGAACUAUAGAACUAGAUGGGAAAACAAUCAAGCUUCAGAUAUGGGACACGGCAGGACAGGAGAGGUUUCGAACUAUCACUUCCAGUUACUAUAGAGGUGCUCAUGGCAUCAUAGUUGUGUAUGAUGUUACAGAUCAGGAGUCUUUCAAUAAUGUAAAACAGUGGCUGCAGGAGAUAGAUCGUUAUGCCAGUGAAAACGUCAACAAGUUGUUGGUGGGGAACAAAUGUGAUCUGACCACAAAGAAAGUAGUAGACUAUACAACAGCAAAGGAAUUUGCAGAUUCUCUUGGAAUUCCAUUUUUGGAAACCAGUGCAAAGAAUGCCACAAAUGUAGAACAGUCUUUCAUGACCAUGGCGGCCGAGAUUAAAAAACGAAUGGGUCCGGGAGCGACAGCUGGUGGUGCAGAGAAGUCCAAUGUUAAAAUUCAGAGCACUCCAGUCAAGCAGUCUAGUGGAGGUUGCUGCUAAAACUUGCCUCCCCCCUUUUGUCUCACAACAAUGAAUUUGCAAUCUGAACCCAAGUGAAAAAAAAAAAUUGCCUGAAUUGUACUGUAUGUAGCUGCACUACAACAGAUUCUUACCGUCUCCACAAAGGUCAGAGAUUGUAAAUGGUCAAUACUGACUUUUUUUAUUCCCUUGACUCAAGACAGCUAACUUCAUUUUCAGAACUGUUUUAAACCUUUGUGUGCUGGUUUAUAAAUGUGUAAUCCUUGUUGCUUUUCCUGAUACCAGACUGUUUCCUGUGGUUGGUUAGGAUGUAUUUUUGUUUUGAUGUUUCUAUUGGCAUGUUUAGAUGUCAGGUUUAGUCUUCUGAAGAUGAAGUUUAGCCAUUUUGUAUCAAACAGCACAACGGUGUCUGUCACUUUCCAUGCAUAAAAUUUAGUAAGAUAUAUGUAAGAUCUGAUUUGCUAGUUCCUUCUUGUAGAAUUAUAAAUGGAAAGAUCACACUAUCUGAUGAAUAGUUUCUUCAUACUCUGCAUAUAAUUUGUGGCUGCAGAAUAUUGUAAUUUGUUGCACAAUAUGUAACAAAACUGAAGAAAUGUUUAAUAAAUAUUGUACUUAUUGGAAGUAA